AUGCAGGAACUUACUGACCGGAAGAUCCAUGUCUUGACUCAAACUCUGCAUUUUGACUGCUCCUGUCUAAACUUGCACAACCUAGUGGUGUCUCAGACCUCGUGCUUCAUUCAGAUGGCAUGGCAUAUAGGUACCGAAAGGGCGUUACAGCUGGAAGCAAAACUUAUCUUUCAGCCCACUACAAUGGUACCAAGAAGACUUAUCUGCAUGCUGUUCACAAUCACACUUGCGACAUCCUUCCAGUUUGGCUAUCAAACAGGCGUCAUAAACGAACCACUCAGUGUAAAGUAUACCGGAGUGAUUCAUUGUCAUUUCAUAGGCAAUGUGAGUGCCACUCGUUAUGGCAGACGUGAUGAUGCAUUCGUCACUACCAUGGCAUCGUUGUGCGUCGCUACAUUCCUGAUCGGCGGAUUAGUUGGUUCCCUAGGGAGUGGAGCGCUCGCCAACAAAUUUGGGCGUAAAACUUCCAUACUCUAUAUGGCCUUUCCUUGUCUCGUCGGAUGUAUCAUGCUCAUGACAUCCAAAAUGGCCAAUUCGUUUGAAAUGAUUAUUUCUGGAAGAUUUUUGAUUGGACUGGCUUGUGGUGAGUCUUCAUACCGUGCGUCAUCAGCUCUUCUAUAUACAGGAGUCUAUACAGCAAUUGCACCAGUUUAUAUGUCGGAGGUUUCACCAGCUUCUUUGCGUGGCGCAGCCGGUGUUCUCAAUCAGUUAGUGAUCGCUGCUUCCCUAGUGGUUGCGCAGCUUCUCGGACUACCACUCAUCAUGGGUAAGGAGGAACUCUGGCCUAUCCUUCUCGGUCUCAGUGGACUACCCUGUAUUGUGGGCGCGUUACUUCUACUUCUCUUCCCUGAAAGUCCUCGGUAUAUUUACCUGACCAAACGGAACCGCACAGCUGCACGAGAAGCACUACAGUCUUUGCGGAACCCCGGUGACGAUAUUGACAUAGAAUUGAGGGAGUUCGACGAAGAGGAUGCCGGAACGACUCGAAAGGCUUCGUUGACAGAUAUAUGGAAGCAACCACACCUUCGAAUGGCGCUCUUGGUGGUCGUCGUAUCGCAAAUAGGCCAACAGUUUACCGGAAUAAACGGGUUGCUCUACUACUCUGUCGAACUGUUCAAAUCCAAUGGACUUUCAGACAGCGAAGCAACGUACGCAACUAUCGGGAUUGGUGGGGUGCUGUUCGUUAUCACAACGAUCUCGGUGUUCAUCAUCGAUCGACUCGGUCGACGUCUGUUACUCAUCGGUGGGCUGUUGGACACUUUCUUCUGCCUUAUCAUAUUCACCGAAUGUUUGAUUAUCAAACAGAUCACCGGGAUGCAUUGGCCAGUCUACAUUGCGAUUACUUGUUCAUACAUAUUCGUUUGCGGAUUCGCUAUUGGUCCGGGCUCCAUUCCCUGGUUCCUUGUCGCCGAAAUGUUACCUCAAGAGAACAGAGAUGCAGUACUCUCUAUCGCAGUGGCGGUGAACUGGCUGUGCAAUAUUUGCCUUGGAUUGGGCUUUAUUCAGCUAAUCAAAUACAUCGAUAUCUACGCGUUUCUUCCUUCGGUUGGCGUGGAAUUCAUCGUGAUAUGUAUUCUUUGGAACUAUAUGCCAGAGACAAUGGGUCGUUCUGUGAUGGAGGUCGAGGCAGAGUUCAAACGCAUGACUCGUAGAAACGGGGCCCAUGUUCUGAUAGAAAAUGAUGUGACAGAAGAUCCUGGAAGUCCCGUAGUCCGGCCAGGCAGUCUUUUAUCUUCGUACAGGAGCUCCACGGAUACCGACCGACGCAGCCUUAAUGACCAGGAGGAAUCAGUCCGUGGUUCGAAUCCGCCCUCCGCCACUCGGUUUCCCCUGUCUAGGCUUGGGCAACCUGGCAGUAUCCCAUUCCUCGUGCUUCCUUCGGGUGGCAUGGCAGCUAGGCACCGGAAGGGUGCCACAGCUGAAGGCUUCCCCCUUCGGUCAGGGAAAGAAUCGAAUAAGGGCUUUCUUUAG